GACUAUUUGUUACUAAAUUUUUAUGAAGAGUAUUGUAACUAAAUUUCAAUUUUUUAAGAAGACUAUUUUAACUUAAUAGUGGUAAAAUGAGUAAUGAUAGUGACGAUAAUGAGAUUCCCUUAGCUGUUCUCUUAAAGCAAGGUACCAGGAUUCCUUUAAAUAAGGAGGAUUUUUCUCAUGUGUCAUCUGACAUUUAUUUGCAGGAGUAUAAAUGGCCAAAAUCAAACAGUGGUCAAUUUAAAAUCUUAUACCAGAGUUUAAUCAUCUAUCUUCAUCUUCAUCCUAAUGAUGCUAGACUAAACGAUUUAAAAAAAUGGGAACUUUCGGAAAGUGAAAUUGAAUAUUUAUUGAAUGAUGUAAAGUUCAAAUCAAUUCACAUUGACAAAAAUUCUCAAUCAGUUUUAUUAGAAGAUGUUUGUGAUCUUAUGGUUGAACAAUUUCCAGAAAAAUUUAAGGAAUACUUGUGCACAAGUCAUCAUCGUGAAAUUGUGAAGCUUGUUCUUCAUCAAGAAAAACAGAGGACUCAAACAACGCAAGUAAAAACUUCUUUAAAAAGAGCAAUUAAAUUGACAUCAGAAUAUAACUCACAAUUAAAUGCUAAACGUAAAGAUGAGAGAUGUGCAUACUUUGAUUUGCAAACACAGAUAAUACAUCAUCCUCAAAAAAAAAAGUUUGCCCUUGAUAAAACUUAUUGUGUUUCAAAAUAUCCAGUUGCAAUAUUGCCCGGUCAGUUUCAGGAUUACUUCAAAAGAUAUUCUUCAGAUGAGCUACGAAAUUUCCCUCUAAAUACUGUGCUUAACACAAUAGACUUGAAAACUUUAAUUUGCUCCAAUCAGAAUGAAAUCAAUAGAGCAACUUCAAGUGGUAAACCAUUAAAGGAUGAUGUGUCUCUUCAAAAAGUAGAUGAAAUAAAAGAUAACUAUUGUGGAAUAUGUAUGAAAGGAGAAGAAGAAAAUAAAAAUGGCAUACCAGAAAAGUUGAUAAAUUGUUCACAAUGUUCAAAUGGAGGACAUCCCUCCUGUCUUGAUAUGAAUAAGUCUUUAUUAAAGGUGAUUAAAGGUUACCCAUGGCAGUGCAUGGAAUGUAAAGUCUGCACUGAAUGUCUUGCACCUCAUGAUGAACAUGAAAUGAUGUUUUGUGAUAACUGUGAUCGUGGUUACCAUAGCUACUGUGUUGGAGUUAAGGAAAUACCUAAAGGACGCUGGGUAUGUAAUCGGUGUGGGAAGUGUUGCUCCUGUCUUUCUAGACAACCUGUGUCUGAUGGAGGAUCAGGUCGAUGGAAAAUGGAGUUUACAAAACCAACAGAUGGUUCAGAACCAGAGUUUCUUCAAAAUCAUUGUAGAAAAUGUUCUAUAUUAUUUCGAAAAGGUAGUUUUUGUCCAGUUUGCUUAAAGGUGUAUUGCGAUGAUGAUGGUGUUGUUAAUCCAAUGGUUUGUUGUGAUAAUUGUGAUCGUUGGAUACACACAGAUUGUGAUGGUAUUGAUGAGCAACGUUAUAUUGAACUGUCUAAAGAUCAUCAUUCGGCAUACACGUGCGUUUUAUGCCGUGGUGAAAAAGAAGAAAGAAUGGAUUCCUUUCAUAAAAAAAGAAGAAUAAAUGGAAUUAAAUCAGCUGAUGAAAAAUAAUAUAGCUAUUAUUAGUUUUAUUGGCUACAAAGAUAUUUUCAAUUUAAAAAAAAAAAAAAAAAGGUUUAUUUUGCAGAGCAUGCUGAACGUGAAUUUUAUGUAUUAAUUUCCACAAGUGUUUAAAAAUAUUUAGUUAUA